AUCUGGCAGAGGCGCUGCAAGCAAUUGCCUGGCAGUGGCAGUGCAUGUUAGGACUUGUGAAAACUUUGUAAUAUCUCAGCACAGUAGCAUUUUCUAGGAAAUAUUAGUGUGUAACUGAUUAGUUAAGAUGUUCAAGAAAUUCGACGAGAAGGAGAGCGUGUCCGGAACUCUCCAGCUCAAAUCAUCGGUGCAGAAGGGCAUUCGCGUGAAGCUUCUCGAGCAGUUCCCGAAUCUGGAGCCCUUUAUGGAGAGCAUCCUGCCGAAGAAGGAUGGCUUCAAAAUAGUCAAAUGCCAUGAUCACAUAGAGAUAAUUGUGAACACGACGGGAGAGCAAUUGUUCUUCCGGCAGCGCGAGGGUGCGUGGAUGCCGACGCUCAGGCUGUUUCACAGAUACCCAGUGUUCCUGCCCAAGGAGCAGGUGGACAAGGGGGCCAUUAGGUUUGUUCUCAGUGGUGCGAAUAUCAUGUGUCCCGGACUCACGUCGCCGGGAGCGAAGAUGAUGCCCGUGGACAAGGGCACAGUGGUGGCGAUCAUGGCGGAAGGGAAGCAGAACGCCUUAGCCAUCGGAAUAACAACACUCUCCACUGAGGACAUCUCAAAGAUCAACAAGGGAAUCGGCGUGGAGAACUGCCACUACCUCAAUGACGGCCUGUGGCAGAUGAAACCCAUCAAGUAAACCUCCUUCUGGCUGUUAAACUGACCACCCUGCACCCCAAUCAUCGAUGUGUAACUCUAUUUGUAUUGAAAUUGAGGGAAUUACAUGUGACAGAGUCGGAUCAACGA